CUCUGGAUAAAAACAAGCCGAUCAGCUGAUGUAAAAGCAACAACAUCUACAAGGUCUGAGACGAGGCAGCUCAGCUAGCUUACUUUCUCUAUACGGUGUGUGGCAGUUGGCGGUAUGAUGUUAAACAGUGUACGUGUCCAGCUUUAGACUCUGCUGACGCGGCGUUUAAGUUAACGACGAGGUCGUCGUCCGUCGGACUAGCAGCCGCUGCCUGGUCAGUCGAAUGAAAUGAAGGUUGUUCGUUUCUCCAGGAGUGUGUCUCUUUGUGUAGCUAAUGAUAGCUGGUGACUGUCUAUUACCUAGUUUCACGGCGUGUUUUUUAGGCAUUAUGACGAGCACACCGAGCUGCUUUUAAGCUGCAACUUGGCAUCGUCAGCUGAGCUGCAACGUUACUUAAAACCAGACAAGAGAUGCAGGGCAGCUAACGUUAGCUAGCAAACUGUUGUGCCAAAAUAUCAAGUAAUUAGUAGUUUGGGCAAGUGUUUGAAAUCGCUGCCUGGACUUGCUUGACUACAGACUGAAUAUCCUCAUUGACAGUAAGCAGUAACAAGUUCAGCUACUCAUUUCAUACUUUUUUUCAACAGUAUUGCACAUUAGUGAAUUUUAGAGAAUUAGAACAAAAAAGGUCACAUCACAUCUGGCCAUAGAGAUUUGCUUUGCCUCGUGUCUUCCAGCCGCAUUGCUUUUGCAAUCCUAGUUACUCUUAGUAAUACUUAGAGUGAUAGUUCCCCGUUCUUAUCAACGCCAAAGGUUGUGUCCUGACCUGUCAGGUUUGAGAUGAGUGGUCAAGGUCCAGCCGGAGAUAAAGGAAUGAACACAAUCCUAAUCUGUCAAGAGAGCUACGCCUGUGGGGGUUCAGAUGAGGCUGCGUUUGAAUGUGACGAGUGCCGCAGCUUGCAGUGUGCCCGCUGUGAACUGGAGCUCCAUCGCCAGGAGCGGAUGAGGAAUCACGACCGGGUCCGGAUUGCUCCAGGACACGUUCCUUUCUGUGACUCCUGUAAAGGGGACAGCAGCUGCUCUGUCAGUGGUGGACGGCUCAGAGCUGUUGUGCGCUGCCAGGGUUGUAAGAUCAACCUGUGUUUGGACUGCCAGAAACGCACCCACAGUGGAGUCAACAAGAAGAAACACCCCCUGACACCUUAUCCUCCAGCCAAAGCUCCCCAGGACAACAGCGUGACUGCUGGCGAGUCAGAGAUGGAGAUCCUGAAGGCCAAGCUGGAGAAGGUGUGCAGCUUCCUUUUGGUGGACGAGAAGGAGGAGAUGCAGGUGAAGGAUGAGGAGGACUUUGUCAGACGACUGGGCUGCAGACCGGACGAGCUCCUCAAGGUGGUCUCGAUCUUUGGGAACACAGGGGAGGGCAAGUCCCACACCCUGAAUCAUACAUUUUUCCUUGGGAGAGAAGUGUUCAAGACCUCACCCACCCAGGAUUCCUGCACUGUGGGUGUUUGGGCAGCUAUGGACCCUGUGCACUGGGUUGUAGUCAUCGACACAGAGGGACUACUUGGGGCUGCAGGGGCCAAUCAGGGUCAGCGAACCCGGCUGCUGCUUAAGGUCCUGGCUGUCUCUGAUGUGGUCAUCUACAGAACCCAUGCUGACCGUCUCCAUGACGAUCUCUUCAAGUUCCUAGGCGAUGCGUCAGAUGCGUACUUGAAACAUUUCACCAGGGAGUUGAAGGCCACCACCAGCCGCUGUGGUCUGGAUGUCCCGUUAGCCACUCUUGGCCCUGCGGUGAUCAUCUUCCAUGAGACCGUCCACACCAAGCUACUAGGAUCAGACAAGCCAUCUGAAUCAGCCGAGCGACUGCUUCAGGAGCGCUUCAGGAAGCUGGGUCUGUUUCCAGAAGCAUUCAGCUCCAUCCAGUACCGGGGAACCCGGACCUACAACCCUCCCACGGACUUCAGCGGCCUGCUGCGCAGCCUGGAGCAGCAGCUGGAUAACAACACCACCCGCUCCCCACGUUCUGCCAGUGUCAUCUACAAGGCUCUGCAGGCCCUGAGCGAGCGAUUCAGUGGGGAGAUUCCAGAUGAGCACAUGACCAGUAACUCCUUUUUUCCAGAUGAGUAUUUUACCUGCUCUAGCAUCUGCCUCAGCUGUGGUUCAGGCUGUAAGAGAAGCAUGAAUCACCUAAAGGAAGGACUCGACCACGAAGCCAAACAUCGCUGCCGCUACUCUGCACAGUACGACAACCGCAUCUACACCUGCAAGGUCUGCUAUGAGGGCGGGAAGGAGGUAAUAGUGGUUCCCAAAACAACGGCCUCGUCUGACUCACCGUGGUUUGGCCUGGCGAUCUACGCCUGGUCUGGGUAUGUAAUUGAGUGCCCCAACUGUGCAGUGAUCUACAGAAGCAGGCAGUACUGGUAUGGAAACCAGGACCCAGUGGAAACAGUGGUCAGAACAGAAAUCCAGCACAUCUGGCCUGGGUCUGACGGUUUUUUGAAAGACAACAACAACGCUGCUCAGAGGUUGCUGGAUGGAGUGAAAUACAUUUCUCAGUCAGUGUCGGAGCUCAGCGUUAAGCCUGCCAAAGCAGUCACAUCCUGGCUUACUGACCAGAUUGCUCCCACCUACUGGAAACCCAACUCCCUUAUCCUGAAAUGCCAUAAAUGUGCAGAAGAGUUCCAGCCCAACGACACCAAGCACCACUGCCGUGCCUGUGGAGAGGGUUUCUGUGACGCCUGCUCCUCCAAAACCCGACCGGUCCCAGAGAGGGGCUGGGGCCUUGCACCCGUGCGAGUCUGCGACGCUUGUUUCCACAACAGGGGAAUCCCAACUGAGUUGCUGGAUGCUGCCCUGGAGGAGGAAGGAGGUAACCUGAUAGCCAGGAAGGUUGGGGAAGCUGUUCAGAACACGUUAGGAGCUGUAGUUGGUGCUAUUGACAUACCUCUCGGCCUGGUGAAGGACGCAGCUCGCCCGGCCUACUGGGUCCCAGAUCAGGACAUCCACUCCUGCUGCGAGUGCCAGAGAGAGUUCAGCCCACGUCUCUCCAUCCACCACUGUCGCGCCUGCGGCCAGGGCGUGUGCGCCGACUGCUCCCAGGAGCGGCGCUCUGUGCCCUCUCGUGGCUGGGAUCAUCCCGUGAGGGUCUGCAAUGGCUGCCACCAGAAGCCUGGGGAGCUUUAGCAGAGCCAGGAGCGGGAGUCAGAGUGGGAGUGGUUUGGGACGCCGACCUCUGCGAAAACUGGAACUGAAACCGUUUCUGACUCUGACUAAAAGACUUCAGAAUUGUUGUUUUUAGUGGCUUUUCUUGUCUGCCACCUGACUGUCUGUGGCAGAUUGGAAUCUCUUACGCUGUCCUCGCGUCACUUCAGUCGCUCUAUGCUAUUUCACUUUAAUAUGCCUAUAUUUUACACUGUGAAGAAUACCAGUCAGAGUGAGACUUGAAUAUCAAGAAGACAGGAGAAGUAGAACAACUCAGAGAGAUGAUGAAAGUGAGUAUUGUACAGUACAUGCUUGCUUACAGUUGAGUUCAGGUAAAUUUCCAUGUGCCCCUUUAGACCCUUUUUAAAUUUGUAUUGAUGCACAUGAAACCCUUAUUUCUUUGACAAUCCCUCCCAGUGUUACACAGUAGUAUAAUUAGCACCUUCUGUAGUCUGGGGCUACAUGUGUAAACCAUAUAAUAAUAGAAGUACUAACUGAUUCCAGGUAAGCACUUUUAGUCUGAGAUUGUUUCUGCAGGAGCCCUGGAUAUAACAUUCAGGAAUGGCUUUAGAAGAAGGGAUGGAAAAACCCGAAAAAACCUGAUCCACCACAAUAAAUUCUGAUCCAUGUUUGACUGGAUCUGCUGUAAGUUUCAUCAACUCCCACCAUACUAGCUUUAGCUUUCCUGACACUCUUUGGCCUCAGGAGGAUUACAACAAUCAGAAGCCACUGAUGUAAUGUAGCACCGAGAUGCAUUCCAACCUAUUAUAUGUAUGUUACUCGUAGUUAGUAAUAACUACGCACAUAAUCCCUUGAUACUUGUGGUUGUUUGUGCAUUUGAAUGGGCAGAUGAUAAUAGAACAGCCUUAAUGAUGCAGUCCACAUUGACUGUUCAAAAUUUUACAUACAAUAUACAUAUAUGGGGAGAACGUCUAACAGGGAAAUUUUUAAAUGGCCUCUUUUUGUUUUUAAAAUGUCAAAACUACUAUUGGUUAACAGGACACCGAUUAGACUGCAUUGGGAUAAAAUGCAAAGGAACCUGCUUUUAUAGAGUGGCUGGCUCACACUAGUAAUAUGGUGCAGAAAAGACUUCAAACCAUCUUUUUGAGGCUGGCCCCUCAAAACAGGAGAUACUUAGGAGAGUAAUAACCCUUUACUCUGUCAACUCAGGCUGCUAGUUAGACAGGAGCUUUUAAUGAGCUGCAGCAUACAUGACAAUUAUCUUAUAAAUGCAACAUAUAUUAUGCAGCGAAGCCUGCUACUGAACACCUAGGCAUUAUGAGGUCUGACUGUAUUGAUAGGUAACCACGUUUUGGUUUUUUUUGUUUUUUUUUCAGUAUCUGACUGGAAGAGUAGAUUUGAUUAUGAUGUCAACAAAUAAGCUGAAAUAACUUUGACCUGAAUGAGUGAACCGUCUCAUCAUCUCAAAGAGAGGGAUGCUCAACGAAUACAGAUAUCAGAUGGAACAAAUCGAUACCUUUAUGUUCAUGCUCAUACAGUAUGUAUUAAACUGCAGAAACUCC